AAUAAACUAUCAAAAAAUAUUUUGGAUUACACUUUGAAGCACUCUUAACAAACAAUUAAUUUAGCUAAAAAAAAUAAUUCAGAAUGAUUUCCCCUCGCCAGAGUCGCAAGCUUUUUAUUGUUUUCAAUUUUCAUUUGUGACUUCUGUCAACUCAACUCAACUUUAAUCAGUACUCGCAACUAUAUACAAAAACAUAUAGUAACAGUAUAUAUAGUAUAUACUUAGUACUACUUUGGAGUUUGGGCACUAGCUAGUAUAAACUAUAAGUGUAUUAUCUAUCUUGGGCACUUACAGUCUCACACCCAGACAGAUGAGUAGUAAACAGAUAAUAUAUUUUUCAUAAAAACUUCAAUCUUUAACAUACAUAAAUUUAAAUUUAAUCUUACCUGUCUUAGGUUAAAAUGAUGUAGAAAAUUUCUAGCCAAUAUGAGUGAUAUUAAAAAAAGGAACAAAAUCAAUAUCAAAAGUGAAAACGUGAAAAAAGUCGAUGAAAAAUCGGCUGCAAAAGUAUCCGUUAAUAAAGGUUUACCUCUUAGAGUUCUCUCUCGAUCAGUUGUAAUUUUUUCUUUGCUUAUUGUUGUUUAUUAUUCGUCUAAGAACAAUGUUCAAACAUUUGCAAAACAAGCUGAAUUACUACCAGGAAAAGGUCAAAUUAUUGAAUGUUCCUCCGAUUAUUUAAAAGAUAUAGACAAGUAUGAAGGCUGUGCUCCUAAAUACUGCAAAAGAUUUGUUACUGAUAAAGUAAUUUCUAUAAGAGAAACUGAAGAGUUGUUGAAAUUAGCCCAAAAAGGUUUGAAGUAUGGUGGUUCUUUUGGUGGUGCUUCUAUAUUAGACCUUCAUAGUGGAGCAUUAUCCAAAGGACAGCAUUUUGUUAAUGUGUAUAAAAUGGAUGAAAUGAAAAAUCUUUUCACACAAGAUGACUUUAACAUCUUUAAGGUGGUUAAAGAUAAAAUAAAGUACACCAUUGCACAUCAUUUUGGCGUACAACCUGACAAAUUAUAUUUAACUCAUCCAACAUUCUUCUCAGAAAUAACAUCUAAAACUGCUUUUACAGUUCAUGAUGAAUACUGGCAUCCGCAUGUUGACAAAGAAACAUAUAAGUCCUUUCACUAUACAACAUUGCUUUAUCUUGGAGAUUAUAACAUUGACUUCAGAGGAGGUAGAUUUGUCUUCAUUGAUGAAAAAUUUAACAGUACAAUAGAACCACGGAAAGGCAGACUUAGUAUGUUUACCAGUGGAGGUGAAAACUUUCAUUAUGUGGAAAAGGUUACUUCAGGUGUAAGAUAUGCAAUAACAAUUUCUUUUACUUGUGAUAAAAAAUUUGCCAUUAAUGACCCUAGUCUGGACAACUACUACAAUUAAAUUUUUAUAGACAUUCCAAAACUUUAAGUUAAUAUUAAAUAAAAUAGAUUUAAUAAUUAAUGAGC